UGUCCUGUUUGCAGAUGAUGAGCUGACCUCAGACCUGUCAGACAUGGAGGACCUGUGGGGCGUGGCUGUAGGUGUUUUCCAGGUGUGGAUGUUUGUGGUGGUGUUCCUCAUCAUGCUCCCGGCCAUGUUCGGCCUCUCUCUGGGGGUCACGGGCGUCUACAUCCAGAUCCUGGUCCACAUCCUGGAGUGGGCCACGUUACGGAUCCAAAGAGGACGGCAGGAGCAGCCUGAUGUACCGGUACCUCUGCCCAACGGGAUCAUUGAGCGAGCGGGGGGCUCCAUGGAGGAGGAGGUGGGGCAGCUGUCGGGAGGCGAGUUCGCUCUGAGCGACGCCUUCUACUUCUACAUGAAAGGUGUGGAGAGCAUUGUGGACGACCAGGUGACCCAGCGCUUCUCCUCUGAGGAGCUGGCCUCCUGGAACCUCCUCACCCGGACCAACCAGAACUUCCGCUACAUCAGCCUCCGCCUCACCAUCAUCUGGGGCAUCGGCGUCUUUGUACGCUACUGCGUCCUCUUCCCUCUGAGGAUCACUUUGGCCAUCAUCGGCCUCUCGUGGCUCGUCAUCGGAACGGUUCUGGUUGGAUUUCUGCCUGAGAGCAGUGCGAAGAACUGGCUGAGCGAGCUGGUCCACCUGACCUGCUACAGGAUCUGUGCCAGAGGCCUGUCGGCCACCAUCCAUUACCACAACAGAGAAAACAAACCUCAGAAAGGAGGAAUCUGUGUCGCCAACCACACCACGCCCAUCGAUGUGGUGAUUCUGGCCAACGACGGCUGCUACGCUAUGGUGGGUCAGAUCCAUGGAGGUCUGAUGGGGGUCAUCCAGAGGUCCAUGGUGAGGUCAUGUCCUCAUGUUUGGUUUGAGAGGUCGGAGAUGAAAGAUCGGCACGCUGUGACGAGCAGGCUCAGAGCUCACGUCGCAGCCAAGACCAAACUGCCCAUCCUGAUAUUUCCUGAAGGAACUUGUAUCAACAACACGUCGGUCAUGAUGUUCAAAAAGGGAAGUUUUGAAAUCGGAGGGACGAUCUACCCAGUGACAAUCAAGGUGAAAAAACAACCAAUCAGAUUAUGUCCAAUUCCACGACCCGCCCCUUAUCACUCUCUGCUCCAAUCAUAGUUGAGCAAGCCUCAGUCAGUACGGUCCACUUCCUUUACAUAGAUAUGCUACGUGUUAGCUACAUGUUAGCUUGUCUAAAAGUUAAUGUUAGCAAAAAUGCUAGCCAGCUAGCUAAGUAAUCUAUGCUAAUAAGUUAGCUAACAUUUUGCUACAGAGCAAACUAGCUAGCUAAUCCUUAACUAGGUAUUGUAAGCUAAAUACUAGUUAACUAGCUUGCUAAGCUACAUCGAUCCUUAACUCUAAACUGUGUAAAUAAAUGUAGAGUGUGUCUGACAG